AUGGAAGAUGAGGAGCCCGAGCUGUACGGCGUCGAGGAGGAAUUCGACCAGCAGUUUGCAGACGAGCUGGAAGUCCUGGCCGAGCUGGAAGGCAAGCGGGCCCCGGCUCCGUCCCAAAGAGUCUCGGAAUUCCGAAACCAGAAGAAAAGGACGUUUGAAGAGGCUCUCGCCGCCGGGGAUCUGGGGAAGGGCGCCAUGGCUCCGCCUGGCCAGCCGUGCCUAGAAAAGGAUUCUUGUGGCCAGGCCUUCCCCGACGAGACCGGGGACCAUGCCGGUCUGGAACCAGGAGGUGUCCCCGCGUUCAACGGGACGGAGGAUGGUUCUGGGGCUCUGCUUCUCCAGGAGGAUGAGGCGACUCAGACUCCCAAGCCAAAGCGACGUCGUCUCGAAGCGGUGAAGAAGCUGGACUUCGGAGUGAAAGAGGAGACGGCCCUUGAAGACGUUCCAAAGGAUGGAAUCACCUCACCUCUUUCGUCGGGAGCCUCUUCUGAACUCCAGGAAGCAAGGACUCCGAGGCGGGCUAUCCUGGAUAGCCUGGGAGUGAGUGACAUGCUUCCGCUGCGGGCCACAACACCGGGGGAGAGUGCCCCCAAGAAGGUGCUGAAGCGCCCGCCGGUCCUGGAGGACUACAUCAACGUGACCUCCACCGACGGCAGCCGAGUCUUCAUGGUCGUGAGAGAGGACUGCUCCUGGACAGGGACGCAGCCCUCCGGUUCUCUCAGGUGGAACGGGCAGAGGCCCCUUUAUUUAUUGGGCGUGCCUUUCUCCUACCUUAAGGAGCAGGUGGCGGAGGAGCGCCGGAGGCAGAUUCGUGAAUCUUCACAACGGCUGACGGAUAUUCUGGACAGCUGUCUUGAAGAUGAGAGAUCCAAAACCGAGGCCUCAGAGCCCAUGGAAGAAGGUGGAGACGCAGGGGAAGAGGAUGAAUCGGCUGCGGGGUCCCUGUGGGUCGACCGUUUCACUCCCAAGCACUACGUGGAAUUGCUCAGCGAUGAUUACACAAACCGCUGCCUUCUGAAAUGGCUGAAGCUGUGGGACGUGGUUGUGUUCGGGAAGGACGAGCCCCUCAGGAAGGCCAAGCCGGGGGCGGAGGCCCACCCGCCUGGAAAGUGGCCCAAAGAGCGGCAGGGGCCCUGGAAGAGCAAAGCCCAGCUGACGGAGGAGGCCCUGGAGGCCGGACUGGACCAGCACAAACGGCCCAAAAUCAAGGUUGCCCUGCUGUGCGGCCCCCCUGGAUUGGGGAAGACCACCCUGGCUCAUAUCAUUGCAAAGCAUGCUGGGUACAACGUGGUGGAGAUGAAUGCCAGUGAUGACCGCAGCCCAGACAUCUUCAAAACACGGAUAGAAGCUGCCACCCAAAUGAGGUCUGUGCUGGGGGCCGACGAGAGACCGAACUGCCUGGUCAUCGACGAGAUCGACGGUGCUCCAACGGCGUCUAUCAAUGUGCUGCUGACCAUCGUCAACCGGAAGGGCGCUGAGGUGGAAUUGGAAGGCGCUGCCAGCGGGGCGAGUGGGCGGAAGAGGAGGCGGGAAGGCGGCAUCCUUUUGCGCCCCAUCAUCUGCGUUUGCAACGACCAGUACGUCCCUUCUCUGCGGCAGCUGCGGCAGCAGUCUUUCCUUCUCCACUUCCCCUCGACGGCCCCAUCCAGGCUGGUCCAGAGGCUGCAGGAGAUUGCCGUCCGGCAAGGCAUGAAAGCCGACGCGGGGGCGCUCAUGGCGUUGUGUGAAAAGACAGAGAACGACAUCCGCUCCUGUAUCAACACCCUGCAGUUUCUGCACAGUCGGGGCCAGAAAGAGCUGAGCGUGCGGACGGUGCAGACCACGAAGGUUGGCUUGAAGGACCAGAACAAAGGGCUGUUCUUCAUCUGGCAGGAGAUUUUCCAGCUCCCAAAGAUUCAGAGGCACCGGAUAGGGAUGGACCCUUCGAACCCAGUCCCCGUUCUCGUGAGCGGCAGGGACGAUCCGUUUGUCCCGGCCACGGUCCAAACCUCCCUGAAUGCCGCUGCCCAAAGAUUCCACCGCAUCCUGCAUCUCGGUGCGUCCUCCGGAGAACACGAAAAGCUUACCCAGGUAUUCGAUUCAGGGGCAGGACCUUUAUGCCUUUCCUCGGCCUUGUCUUCCAGCCCUUAAGCUGGAUGCUGCUGAUCUCUUCUGCUGACAAUGGCGGAGCCCAAAGAGUUAACAAUUCCCCCGCUGCUUCCAUUUCCCUCGCAGGGCUUGUACGACAACUUCCUGAGCCUGAAGCUGAAGGAUUCCACUUUCGGCUCGGUCUGCCUGGCCUUGGAGUGGCUGGGCUUCUCCGACUUGGUGCACGGGGCCGUGAUGCACAGGCAGAACUUCCAGCUCAUGAGAUACCUGCCCUUUCUCCCGGUGGCCUUCCACUUGCUCUUUGCCGUGUCCAGCAUACCCAGGCUGGCGUACCCCAACAGCCAGAACGAGGCUCUGGCUAAACUGACCCAGGUGCAGAACCUUGUAGCUUCAAUGAUAUCUGGGAUUGCGCCAAACUCUCGCAGUCGUGUGGGGACUCGGUCUCUCGUGCUCGAGGCUCUUUGCCUCCUCCUGGACAUCAUCUCUCCGAAACUGAGGCCGGUGAACACCCAGCUGUACAGCCAGAAAGAGAAGCUACAGCUGUCCGAGCUGAUCAGCACCAUGCUGGCGUACAAUCUCACCUACCACCAGGAGCGCACCCCUGAGGGGCAAUAUGUCUACAAACUGGAGCCAAACGUGGAAGAAAUCUGUCGAUUCCCAGACCUCCCUGCUCGGAAGCAGCUGACUUACCAGGCCAAGCAGCUCAUCGCGAGAGAAAUCGAGCUGGAAAAGAUGAGGCGGAUGGAAGCCACUCUCCAGGCGCACAACUCCAGCCAGGAGAUGGCGGGGAGUCGGCCGGCCAAAGAAGGGGACCAGAAGCCAAGCACCGAGUCCAAGUCCCAGGUGCAGAACCAUGAGCAACGGCUGGACAAGAUUGUGAAGAGAGCCACGUUUGAGGAGAAGCCGGAAACCGAUUUCUUUGGCCGUGUCGUUGUGAAGAAGAAAGUGUCCCCUUCGACAGCAGCCAACCAGGGGCCUGAAAAAAACACCACCAAAAAGCAAGUCGGGAGGGCUGUCGGAGAGAGCGACGUCUGGUUCCGGUUUAACGAAGGUGUAUCCAACGCCGUCCGGAGGAAUAUUUACAUUAAGGAUUUGCUCUAGUGAUAAA